CCCGCCCGCCAUUGGGGCAGCGGCGGCGCCAUGAGCGGCAGCAGCGGCGAGGCGGAGGCGGUCCCGGUGCCCGCGGUCCCCGCCGCCCCCGCCGCUCCCCCCGCGCCCCUCGUCGCCCCCGACAGCGGCAGCAAGGCCAGCCCCGCCGGGGGGGGCGGCUCCGGGGCGGCCCCGGGAGCGGCGGGCGGAGCGGCCAGGGGCGCCGAGGGGGGGGCGGUGCCGGGGAGGGGCACCGCGCCCGUCUCGGCGGCGUCGGCGGCGUCGUCGUCGGAUGCGUCGGUGGCCAACGGAGUGUUUGUGCCGAGCAGCGCCGCCAACGGGGAGGUGAAGCCCAUCGUGUCCACCACUCCGCUCGUCGACUUCCUCAUGCAGCUGGAGGACUACACCCCCACGAUCCCGGACGCGGUGACGGGUUAUUACCUCAACCGAGCGGGUUUCGAGGCGUCGGAUCCGCGCAUCAUCCGUCUGAUCUCGUUGGCGGCGCAGAAGUUCAUCUCGGACAUCGCCAACGAUGCGCUGCAGCACUGCAAAAUGAAGGGCACCGCUUCCGGCAGCUCCCGCAACAAAAGCAAGGACAAGAAGUACACUCUGACCAUGGAGGAUCUGACGCCGGCGCUCGCCGAGUACGGCAUCAACGUCAAGAAGCCGCAUUAUUUCACCUGACGGAAGCGGGAUUCGCCCUCCGGACUCUUUUUUCCAGGGGUAAUUCCAUGCCAUUAAACCACCCGGGAAGGAGAAUUUCGUUGUGCAAAAGCCUUUUUGCCUCUUCUCUGCGCCCAAAUCCAACGCCGGAGCCGUCCCCGGUGGGGUUGGGAGGAUCCGAUUGCACCUUCUGCCGUUCCCAGGGCGGA